AGACGAUUCAGCCAGACUUGGUAAACUGGUUCAUUCAGUUCGCUAAAAGCGAUUCGAAACAAAGAAGAAUCCAGGAAGCGAACUCUACCGCAAGCACGCUCACGUGAUAUCCAUCGGGUGCUACUUCUUCUAUCAUAUGAUUUCAGUAAAUUACUAACCGAGCUGUCAACUGUAAACGAAACUGUUAGUCGUGUGCAGACACUUGUCAUUUUUUUUAUUUCCUGAAUUCCUGCAUUAGUAGGCUUCGCAUAAGUGGACGCAUAGCGUACGGUAGUGACAUGGCUUGUGCUCAGCGGUAUGUCAACAAAGUUGUCAUCGUGACUGGGGGCACUAGAGGCAUUGGAAGGGGCAUCGUUAAAGUGUUUGUUCAAAAUGGGUCCAAAGUUGUGUUCUGCGCUCAAGAGACUGAGUUGCAAGCUGGCCAGUCUCUUGAGUCUGUCCUGAAUAAGGAAGGGCCGGGAUCAUGCUUAUUUGUGUCAUGUGACGUGACAAAAGAGGAUGACAUCAAGCUAUUAAUAAGUGAGACGAUUGAGAGAUUUGGACAAAUCGACUGUUUGGUGAACAAUGCUGGGUGGCACCCCCCUCACAAGCCCACAGAUGAAACCACUGCAGACGAGUUUAGAGACCUGCUUAAUUUGAACCUCAUCAGCUACUUCCUUACUUCCAAGUAUGCACUGCCGUAUCUGCGCAAAACGCAAGGAAACAUUAUCAAUUUAUCCAGCCUUGUCGCCUCUAUAGGCCAGAAAGACGCAGCUACCUACGUAGCAACCAAGGGGGCGAUCACCGCCAUGACUAAAGCAAUGGCUGUGGAUGAGAGUCGCUAUCAAGUGAGAGUCAACUGCAUCUCUCCAGGCAAUGUAAUGACACCUCUGUGGGAGGAGCUGGCUGGCCAAACCGAAAACCCUUCUUCCACUAUUAAGGAGGGAGAAAAUGCUCAGUUGAUUGGUCGAAUGGGAACGGAGGCUGAGAGUGGAUUAGCUGCUCUUUUCUUGGCAGCUGAUGCCACUUUCUGUACUGGGAUAGAUUUGUUUCUAAGUGGAGGGGCCGAACUGAACUACGGCUUCAAAAGCCAAAUUCCAUAACUGAACAAUAAUGGAAAGGUCCUUAAAAUGAUAAUGGUUUCAUUCCUCCUCUCAGACAGCUUUUUAGGUGCUUUUGAGGCAGUGAUGCUUCAAAAUGCAGCUAUUUAUUGACACAAUAUGAGAUUUUGGUUAAAUUUUUUAAGGUGCUUUUGUUAAAGUGCAAUUAUACAAAUAAGUACUGUGAGUAAUAUUAAUUAACAACUUGUACUUACUAUAUGAUUAGGGUUUGGUUUAGGGUAAAUUACUGAUAAUUAUGUAUGAUGGUUAGGUAAAUUUUGUAUACCUGACCAUUGUUACAUUUAAAGCCAUCUGUAAUUGUUUGCAUUUCUAAUAGUAAUAGAAUUUUACUAUUAUAAUGGAGGGGGAGGAUGUUAUGUUUUGUACACAAUUUUAAUUAAUCUAAAAGCUUUUUAAUUUUUAUUAAUGCAAAUAUUACAGUAGUUAUAUAUGAAAGGGACCUGAACUGUAAUUUACAUUACCAUGAAUGAGCUUGCAAAGACUGAUGUUUACAAGUAAUCAUUUCCAGGCAUGUGUGUCACAUGAUAAUCUGAUUUUAACUGUAAAGUGUAAUUGAGUGUUUUUUGAAACUUAAUAAAUGACUCUUGAUAGGAUGUGAUUUCAUACUGUUAUGUGGUUCAUACUGUUCAUACAUAAUGUUACUCAUGAGGGCUAUGUACACAUACAUUGUAUUUCUGCAUUUUUUUGUAGGCUACCAAUUAAAAAGCUGAAUUGUUGUA